CAACGUCCGACUGCCAGUGGGAGGAACUUUGACCAACCACCAGUUAGCUAAAUUAUUUCAUAGCGUAAUAUAGCACUUACUGUCACUUUAGUUUGUUUUUUCAUAUGUAUGUGUGUUGUUUUACAUGAAACGAGAUGUGGUUUAUUUAUUUACUAAGUUGGCUGUCGUUGGUGAUACAAAUAUCUUUCAUCACACUAGCAAUUGCUGCUGGCCUGUAUUAUUUGGCAGAACUAAUAGAAGAAUACACAGUUGCCACUAGUCGAAUAAUAAAGUACAUGAUACUGUUCUCUACAGGUGUACUGACGGGGCUGUACCUGUUUGAGGGCUUCCCAUGGCUGAUGAUGGGCUGUGGUCUCUUCACCAACCUGGUGUACUUUGGCCUCCUGCAGACUUUCCCUUACAUACUGCUGAGCUCACCCAACUUCAUCCUCUCCUGUGUGUUGGUGGUGUUGAAUCACUACAUGGCUUUCCAGUACUUUGCAGAAGAGUAUUACCCCUUCUCAGAGGUCCUGGCGUACUUCACCAUCUGUCUGUGGAUCAUCCCCUUCUCGUUCUUCGUGUCUCUCUCGGCGGGGGAGAACGUGCUUCCGUCCACCAUGCAGCAAGGAGAUGACGUGGUCUCAAAUUACUUCACCAAGGGCAAGAGGGGCAAGAGGUCCGGCAUCCUGCUCAUCUUCUCUUUCCUCAAGGAGGCAGUGUUGCCUAGUCGACAGAAGAUGUACUGAGGCUCUACCGG